UUACGCACAACAUCCUUUCUAUCACAUAGAGAUCCGGCUCAAGAGCAUCCCGCCCCCUGACAGCCACAUAUCCUAGUCAUCUUGUGGCUAAGUGACCCCUAUUUCAAUUGGAUCUAGCCACACCACUUCAGCUCACUACGCGACGCGGACUUUCAGCUCAGUAUUCUAUUGGUACUAGAUAAUGAAUGAUUUUCAUCACGCGCCUGGCUCUAGCCGCGGUUUCUUUCGGUGCGGGAAUAUCGUUAUCAAAGAGGAUCUCGCUCUGUCUACGUAUGGGCCAACGCAACGCUUCCAUGUAGUAUCAUCAAGACAGUCGUGAUUUGACGCACUUCUAAGUACUAUCCUUCAUCGGCCAUAAAUGAUUCGCAUUCGAGGCAUAAAUACCUAUGUGCGGACUUUCAGCCAGAGCCAAUGGUUGAUGCGGGGAAGUAGUAUUUACACUUGCACUGCCACAAAUGUGUCACAUGGAAGUCAUCUCUCCUCUAUAGGUAACAGGUAGCCUUGCAAUGCCUGGAUAUCAGUACAAACCCCUCUUAGGGCGUCAAAUACGACUCCUAACUCUACAUGCUGGUUCGUUUCCUGACAAACUACAAAUAUCCAUCCGCCAUGUCGAUUUGCCCGCGCAGCAUUCGAGACUUGAACAGCCUAUUGCUGAGCGUGAGGCAUCCGCUAGAACAGAAGCCAAAUUCAAAUACCAAGCACUAUCAUACUGCUGGGGUAUUCAGGGCGAUUGGGCUGUUAGUGUUGAUGGUGGCUCGGGCGACACCUCGUUUAUCAGGAUAACAGAUAAUUUGGAUUCCGCCCUCAGACACCUCCGCGCCAAGAAGUAUGCAAAAACACUCUGGGUUGACGCGAUCUGCAUCAACCAGGCGAACCUCAACGAGCGUGGUCACCAAGUGCAGUUAAUGCGUGAUGUUUAUCAACUUGCAGCACGCGUCAUCAUCUGGCUUGGGCCCGAGAAAGACGACAGUGCGGCUGCUAUGCGCUACAUGGGGUUUGUCGGCACGCGAGUUGAAUUUGACUGGAGUACGGUGGUAGCGAAGCCCACGAGCAGAGCACAUACGGAAGACGAAAAGGCAUUAUCAACCGGAGUUUUCCCCUCUGGUAUACCAUUGCAAGAAAUCUGGGCUUUGAUGCAGAGAUCCUGGUUUGAACGGGUUUGGAUUCGCCAAGAAGUCCACCUCGCGAAACGGGCGGUUAUCUACUGUGGUCCAGCUGCCAUAGACUGGCAUGUCUUCCGUCAUGCCACAAUGUGCAUUAUAAAAGAGAUGUCGACAUUCAUUCUCUCAUCCGGUUUGCACCACGCAAAUAUACUCCGCGAAAUCACGAGUCCUUUCAAGAUUCCUGUCGUUCACUUACGUGAUGCUCUCGCUGGAACCCAAUGCUCAAACCUCAGAGAUAAAGUCUACGGGAUGCUGGCGGUUCUCCGGCCAAGAGGAGACGGGCAGGAUUGGGCUAUCCCGGAUUACAGACUUCCCAUCGCAGAAAUUUACACUGAACUAGCCAAGCAAUGCAUUUACGAUUAUCACUCGAUGGGUAUUCUCGCGUCUUGCGAGCUGGAAACGACUAGACUCGAAGGCCUCCCAAGUUGGGUCCCCGAUUUGUCGACAAAACCCGCUGCCCCUCUAUUGGAAUGUCCCAAACUCGCAGCUGGAUUGACCUUGGCCUAUACUAAGUUUUCCAAUGACGGAAUUCUCCCCAUCGCUAGCGUAGCUAAUGGGGUGGUUGACCAAGUUUCCUCAGUAGACUGGACAGAACUAGACUGGCUUAGGGCAACGUCAGUGGACAAUUUGGAAAAAUUGGUUGAAACUGCCUCUAUAAUAUCUGAAGAUGAUUGGUCUCAUGGUUCAUACAAGCCUGACGGCGCGUCAAUUCAAAUGGCAUUCCUUCGCACGACGCUAUGUGGUGAUUUUGGAGAUGUGCGCUCCCCGACUCAAGCAAGCAUAGCGUCUCGGAAACAAGCGCUCAGCUUUUUGAAAUUUGUUGAAAUGGUACAGUUACAGCAUCUAGAUGGUUUGGAUGCUAUUUGGGAUGAUCUGACAGUUUAUGCUCGUACCGCGUCUCGAAUGUGCUUGGGAAGGCGAUUCUUCGUCACAAAGGAGGGAUAUUUCGGCCUUGGCCCCCAAGCAAUGACUUCGGAUGAUCAGAUUUUCUUCUUUCUCGGCUGCGAUUAUCCCGUGGUCCUCCGUCCUCUCGACGAAUACGGAAAAUGUAGACGAUACCAAGUGGUAGGUGUGUGCUACCUUGAUGGGUUUAUGUUUGGCGAGGUUUUUUACGGACAAAUCCCUAGACCCUGGGAAAUAAAAUGUAUUGCCAAUGAGUCAACUGGUGAGUCAAGUACCGUGUUUUGUAAAGGUAUUGAAAUGAGUUGCAUCAUGGACGAAUCAACUGGUGAGCCAGGAUUAAUUUUUAUCAAUCCCCCGGUUAGGAGCCGUACUCACCCCGGUUUUCGGACCCUGAAAGAGCGGUUUAGUAUCAUGGGAUUUGGUAUUGACAGGGAAGGCGAACUGACACCUGAAAUUUUGCAGAGUUGUGGUGUGAACGUGGAAUGGAUUGAUUUGGUCUGACUUUUGGAUGAAUCCCUACGAGUUUGGCUACGUGAAUUUUUCUAGGUAGCUAGGUAAUUGUAACCACUUUCACAGAGACCUCGCGCUUCGCACUUAGAUGUUGGCAGUUGGCAGAUCUCUAAACUGAACUAAUAUUAUGAAUUCACUCAUAUUGACCAA